AAGAUUCGAUUUGACAGAGAAUGUGAAAAGUUUUGUAAAAUUUUAUGAGAAAGCCUAUAAUCGAUAAAAAAGAUAAGAGACGUGGUAAAUGCACUUGUUCCGCGGUACACAGCAGUCUGUCAAUACCCCUCACGGCCAUUCUGGAAGCCUCACUAGCAUCAGUGUACUGUGUCCCGUAGGUUUCUAGCGGCGGAGGUGAGGAGACAAGCCCUGCGCCGUCGGUCGCCGUCGCGGCCGCCUCCUCCCGUCCUCCGCCUUCUCAACAGGCCGAGGUAAAGCUUCCAGAAUGGCGGACAGGGUCGGUGGCAGCGACGACGGAGACAAGUCCGAGUGGAAUAGUGACGGUGAGGUGGCGAGGAGCCUCGAUGGCGCUGGCUCGCCAAUUGCGCCCUCGAGGAACAAGUUAAAAGAUGCUCCUGGCCCGUCCCUGCUGGUCAAUGGAGCAGGGCCAUCUGCCUCUUUGGUGGAGGACUUUGUAGGGAUGGGUCUUAUUAAGGGGAAUGGGGAUGGUGGUGCAGAGUCAUUACUAGAGCUCCUUCUGGCAUACAAGGCGAUAGGCAAUGACCCUUCAUUGGAUAAAUCCUCUGCUUCUGUUUGUGGCCCCCGGACCAUUUGUGAUGACAAAGACAUUCUUGCGAAUUGGGAUGCGCAUGAUGCUAGUACGAGCAGUGACAGGGAUCAUGCAUCUGAUGAUUCUGGUGAUGAGGAUUUCCUACAGGGCUUGUCACAGAAGGAUGAAAAAAUUGAGUCCUUAGUGAGAAUGGGCUUUCCUAAAGAUGAAGCAGAAAUGGCCAUUGUCAGAUGUGGGCAGGAUGCACCUAUGUCUGUUUUGAUUGAUUUAAUCUAUAGUUCAGAAGCUUCAGAAGAUGGUUACUAUGGCAAUUUCUCUGGCCAUGAGGAUGAUUCUUUUGGAGGAAGAAAGGAAAAGAGAAAGAGAUCUGAAGAUGCAGAACAAGGCAGUAGCCAUGAUGAGCCGAUGCCUCUCCCAAACCCAAUGGUUGGGUUUAACCUGCCAAAUGUGAGCUUAAGAUCAGUGGACAGAUCUCUACCAUCAAAGGCUAUUGGGCCACCUUUCUUCUACUAUGAGAAUGUAGCCAUUGCUCCAAAGGGUGUCUGGACGACAAUAUCACAGUUCUUAUAUGACAUCCAACCUGAGUUUGUGGAUUCUAGGUUCUUAUGUGCUGCUGCCAGGAAAAGAGGUUACGUACAUAACUUGCCAAUUGAGAACAGGUCACCUCUCCUUCCCUUACCCCCAAAGACAAUAUUUGAGGCCUUCCCCCAUACUAAAAAGUGGUGGCCCUCAUGGGACCCUAGAAAACAGUUCAACUGCCUCCUGACCAGUAUGGCUAAACCUAAGUUAACGGAACAGAUUCACCAUGCUCUUGCAAAAUGUAAAGAUCCACCACCUCGACGUGUUCAGAAGUAUGUCUUGGAAACCUGCAGGACGGCGAACUUGGUAUGGGUUGGUCUGAACAAGGUUGCUCAUCUAGAGCCUGAUGAGAUGGAGUUCCUGCUUGGUUUCCCCAAAGACCACACCAGGGGAAUCGGCAGGCCUGAGAGGUUCAAGUCUUUGGGCAAUUCAUUCCAUGUCGACACCGUCGCAUACCAUCUCUCAGCACUUCGGGACAUGUUUCCACAUGGCAUGAAUGUCCUUUCCUUGUUCUCUGGCAUUGGAGGAGCAGAGGUAGCUCUCCACAGGCUCGACAUUCGCAUGAAGACAGUCGUUUCGGUGGAGAUAUCUGAGACGAACAGGUUCGUCUUGAGGACUUGGUGGAAUCAGACCCAAACAGGCACUUUGAUAGAGAUCACCGAUGUUCAGAGCCUGACUACCGAGAGGCUCGAGUCAUGCAUCAGGAGGAUUGGUGGUUUUGACCUGGUGAUUGGGGGCAGCCCCUGUAACAAUCUUGCUGGGCGCAAUCGAUUCCACCGUGAUGGCUUGGAGGGAGAGCAGUCGUCGCUCUUCUACCACUAUUACAGGAUCUUGGACACGGUGAAGUCCAUCAUGGGCAGAAUGUAGAAGAUUAUUGCAGCCUACCAUGGAACUGAACUGAUUUUUUUUUUCUCUCGGACACCAUGGAACUGAACUGAUAUGUCCCUGCUGCUGAAUUUUGUGGGGGUAUGCAUUGGAGCAAUGACUGCCCUAGCUGCUGAUUUCAUGGGGGCACCUGGGUUGGCGAUGGCGACCGGUAUUACCAUCAGUAGCGGCAGAAGAGUGCCUUGGCUGUGGCUGAAUCUUCUGCCAGUCACAAUACUUUAUUUCGUUUGAAUAUAUCCAUGCCCUGUGACUGGCAGUGCUUGAGCUGUUAUUUGUGAUAAUCUGUCCAGUAAGUUCUGGUUGAGUUGUCGAUUGAGAUACCUUUAAGCUGUUAUUAAAAUGGACCCGGGAAGUUUUUUUCUUUUCACAAAAUAGCCGUUUCAUUGUUUUA